GAGAAAGAGAAGGAUCAAGUGGAAGGAAAGACGAGGUGAAAGGAGCUCCCUCACAUUUUUGUUAAAACUCACAAACUUUUGGAAGCAACAGACAGCACGAUGGCUAUCAGCAGCGCCUUUCCUUUUCCCCUGGUGAUCGUCUGCCUGCUUUUCAUCAGAGGUUACUCUCCCCUGCCUACAACAUCAGGAGUGACAGGGACCAUAUCUCCCAGAGAAGAUUAUGAUCAACUUGAGGACCCCACCCCUAUUUCACCCAUUAAAGGGUCUCCAAGUGAACGGAUUUCUCAACGAUGCAAAUACGAUCCCUGUCUCGAGGGUCACGUCUCCUGUGCUGUGCUAGCGGUCUCCACCCGCUGCUUGUGUCCAGGGUCCACUUUACAUGAUGUGACUCCAGAGGCUCCCAGCUUGAGAUCAGUGUCCUGGAACGGGUCGCAGGUUGUAAUUAAGUGGUGUGCACCUUACUCAUAUGUCACAGGUUAUGUUGUGACAGUAAAGGGGCAAGAGUGGCAGAAGUUUGGGAAAGCGCAAAGGAGCGGUACACUGGGUGACAUAGAGCACAUUGCAAAGGUUUGUGUGGUUGCAGUGAAUGACAUCGGACCCAGCAAUGGGUCAUGUAUGAUGUAUCAUCCCAGAGACACCAGUCUGCCUCUGAAAGCAGGACUUAUAGGGGGAGCGCUGGGCUUCCUGUUGCUCCUCUUGUUGGCUGUCUUGCUCUGGAGGCACCAGAGGCAAAGGAAACAGGAGGCCAGCAUCUCAAUGCAUGACACAGCUGGGGCACAGUGAAAAGAAAACAGAGCAAGACUGGACGCUCAGCAACUUUUCAGCAUUAUUGCAGUUAAUGAACUUUGAAUCAAAUUUAAUGUCUAUGGCUUUGUCUGCACAAAGAGGCUUUCUGAAAGCGCAGGAGGAAACAGGUUCCAUCAUCCGACAUAAAUAUAUCCUACUGGUUAUGUUCUCUGUGGCAAAUAGAGUCUAUUUUUGAUAACCCCUUGGUGGUGAUUUGAAAACCAGCUGCAGAAAAAUAUUGGAUUCAUCAGCUAUGUUUUCUGAAAAUCAUACCCAUGAGACAAAAGAUAAGAAUGUUAGAAUCUUUUUUCUUUUUGCAUUUCAAAAAGUAGCUGAUUGGUGGACAGCCGUAAAACAUCAUGUAGCAUGUAGCCCCUGCUUGCAACUGCUUUACUGUGUAUCUCCAAAACAUCAGCUUUUCAUAAGCUGAGAAAACUGUCUUGUUUUCAACUUUGUGUCAGUUUCAUUUUUCCAGUGAGUUUUUAAACAGGAUUUUCUCCCUCAUGAUCCUAGGGAGUUUUUCUUUGAACAGAUGACUAAAAUGAACGGAUCAAAAUCAGACAGACCCGCUGAUACAAAUCAAACACAACUGAUAAAACACUGAGACAUGUUUCAAUAGCAUAAAGAACAAUGACAGUAACAGGAGAUUAAUACCAGAGACAACAGCUGAUGGGAACAAUAAACAUGGACAUGGUUGUAUUUGUGGUCAUGUUAGAAUAAUUUAAUCAGGGUUAUGUAGCAGUUGUUGACACAUCAAAACAUAUUGUAUAUAGAAAUAUACAGUGGGCUAAUAUAUAAACAUAUAUAUUAUGGUGUUAUAUAGUUCCUUUGAAACUCUCUGUGAGAGUUCCUCAUGUUAUGUUGCCUAUUUAAUUAAAGAGUGAGUGGAUGAUGUGCUGUGUUAUGUGCUGUAUUUAUGAUCAUUUGGUAUGUUGUCUUGGAUCUUGUCAAGAGAUUGACUCUUUAUUUUCCUUAAACUCAAGUUUCGAGAAAGAGACUGAAGUCUAAAGUUUACUGUUCAAACUAGAGCUACUGUACAUGUUUGUAAAAAUGUCUGACUGUUUAACCCAAGUAAAAAAUUAGCCAUAGUUGCUGCUGCA